AUGGCUCGCGAGUUUGCACAAAGAGGACCUCUGCAAACGACGCUGGAAAGCUUUCCACUGGUUUUAGUGAUGUUGAUGGCGUUUUUAGGCAACUCACUGGUUCUAUGGGCGGUUAAAUGUAAUCCACGGCUGCGCACUACGCCAAACUACUACGUCACGGCUUUAGCAUUAACCGAUGUGCUCAUGUCAAUUCUUGUAAUGCCACUGUCUCUCAGCGUCUUGAUCGCAGGCCACUGGCCUUUCAACAAAGGCUCGUGUUUGUAUCAUGGAUAUACUGCGACAACGCUAGGAUCAGCUUCCCUUCUUAUUUUGACAUUAACUUCAGUAAAUCGUUAUUUCAAAGUUGUGCGCCCUAACCAAUACAGAGCUUAUUUCAAAUUGAAGCCCGUGUUAAUCUCUUUGACGAUGGCUUGGCUAAUUGCCUUGGCGUGGCCAGUGUACUUUCUUGUGAUAGGGAUCUUCAGGUACCAUCCUGGCAAAUUUUGCUGUAUUUACGACCUCGAUCAAGUGACACUCGCGGAAGGACUGGCUGUGAACAUAACUUUCGCUAUCGUCACCUUCACCGUCAUCGCCUUCAGUUAUCUCAGAAUUUUUCUGACGAUUCGCAAACACAAUGCAAAUCUAAAUAACAGAGAUCCAACUUCUCCAAAGAUUUCCUCAAAAGAUGUGAGCGUGACAAAACUUCUGUUCGCUGUCGUUGUUGUUUAUGUAUUUUGUUGGCUUCCCUUGUUAGUUGUUGACACUACCGAAAUGUUUACAGGGCAAUACGUUUUCCCUCGACAAAUUUACCAGCUUUAUUCGUACAUGGUCGGAGUCAACAGCGCUGUCAAUCCGAUCGUGUAUGCAUUCUUUAAUCGGGAAUUUAAAACUGAAUUCAAAAGGAUUGUCAGUAAAUUUGGUGGGAAUUCAAACAGGGUAGCGCCACCAGUUGGAAGAACACAGCCUCAAAAGGCAAACGGAACAUAA